AUGGACAUCGCCAGAAGCCCAGCCCAAGACGUGAAGCCCCGCAGGCGAGACCUUUUGCCUCGAGGAGCGCCCCUCUCAGCAUCUCUGGCCAACAAUUUGACAGGUGGGAACUACGUGAUAAAUGUCCAGGUUGGAACUCCUCCACAGCAGAUCGCCUUGGCGAUUGAUACGGGAAGCAGCGACGUCUGGGUGUUGGAUGUUACUACAGAUCUUUGUAGUGACCUUUCAAUGCAUGCGGAAGUCGGUACUGGAUGCCAAACGCCUUUCGAUCAUACGAAAUCUUCCUCCUUUAACGUUGUCGACCCCAACGGAUUCGACAUACAGUAUGGAGAUGGGUCAUCUGCGACAGGAGAUUACUUCACCGAUGUUUUGACCGUAGGUGGAGCUUCAGUCAAGGCUCAACAGAUGGGCAUUGCAUCCAAUGCCACCCUCACUCCAGGACUGCUGGGAAUUGGGUACGAUCUCAACGAAGCCUCCAACAACGCGGCAUCGUCCGACUCUUCUCCAUCUGUCUAUUCGAGCAUCAUUGAUAGUAUGGUCACGCAAGGCCUUAUCAGUACCAAAGCCUACAGCUUGUACCUAAAUGACCUGCAGGCUUCAACCGGCUCUAUAAUAUUUGGUGGGCUCGAUUCGGACAAGUAUCACGGAGAUCUCUGGCAAAUGCCCAUAAUUCCCUAUACUCUUGAGGACGGCAGCUCGAUAUACUCCCAAUUCACAGUUGCAUUAACAUCAUAUGCCAUCACUACACCAGGAAACACCACCACUCUCACCAACCAGACCUACACCGCGCCCGUUAUACUCGACUCUGGGACCUCACUUACUCUGCUCCCAGAGGAACUUGCCUACCAGAUCUUUCACAAAUUUGACGCCGUUGUGGACGAAGCGAGUAGUAUAACCUUCGUUGAUUGUGCUGUGCUCAGAAAGCAUCCCCAGCUGACCUUCGACUUUGGGUUUGGUGGACCAAGCGGUUUCGCAAUCCGAGUCCCUAUCAACGAGAUAAUAUUUGAGACUACUGGACCCUUCUCCCUGGACGGCUUCCAACCAGAUGUCCCCUUCACUGACAUCUGUGUCAUGGGGAUAUCACCCCAAUCACAAGAGCCAUACAUCCUUGGAGACACCUUCCUCCGAUCCGCUUACGUCGUGUACGAUCUCAAAAACAACCUUAUCGCAAUGGCGCAAACGAAUUUCAAUUCGACUACUAGCAGCAUCGUAGAAUUUGCCGCCGAUGCAACAGCUAUUCCCAGUGUGAGCGGCGUUGCAAGCGCUGUUUCUGCGACCGAGACUGCGACUGGUAUACUGCCAGUAGGAGGCGGGAAGACCAGCACCGCCAACCCUACCGCCACCAACACAGGUGGUUCGGGAAGAACCACAGCCACCGGAAGCUCGGGAAGCAGCUCCACUGCAUCUUCGACGAGUGCGCCAGACAAGAACAAUGCCGGUGUGGCAUCAGUGCCUGCGUUCGAUAUGCGCGGCCUGAUGGUCAUGGGCAUGUCGGCCGCGUUCGCGGUCUUUGGUGCUGGUUUCACCCUCGCCUAA